CAGCAUUGUAAGAGAAACCUGUGGGGGGCGGGGCGAGACGAGGGCUUGUUGAAUGAUAAGACCAGAACACGGCGGCUGGUCAACACAGUAGUAGUAUUUUUAAUUCCAAUAUACUGUGUCUGAUACAAUUUGUUCACCCUCAGCGUCGUGCAAGGUGACUGCUAGUAAGGAUGACGAUGCCGCAUGUAGGGGCAGUGUUUGCAGCAAUAGCCGGAGUGAUGGCCAUCAUGCUGCACUCCUCCAUUCACAAAAUAGAAGAAGGACACCUUGCUGUUUAUUACAGGGGUGGAGCAUUGCUGACUUCUCCUAAUGGUCCUGGAUAUCACAUUAUGCUGCCCUUCAUUACCACCUACAGAGCAGUCCAGACAACACUGCAAACUGAUGAAAUCAAGAAUGUGCCUUGUGGAACAAGUGGUGGCGUGAUGAUCUAUUUCGACAGGAUAGAAGUUGUUAACAUGCUGGUUCCUUCAGCAGUGGUGGAAAUUGUGAGGAACUACACUGCCGAUUAUGACAAAACUUUAAUUUUUAAUAAAAUUCACCAUGAGCUCAACCAGUUCUGCAGCGUGCACACACUACAGGAGGUCUACAUUGAGUUGUUUGACAUUAUAGAUGAGAAUCUGAAGACUGCGUUGCAGAAGGACCUUAAUGUUAUGGCACCUGGACUUACAAUACAGGCUGUCCGUGUUACCAAGCCAAAGAUCCCAGAGGCCAUCAGAAGGAACUUUGAACUCAUGGAAGCAGAAAAGACUCGUCUGUUAAUAACAGCCCAGACUCAGAAGGUGGUGGAAAAGGAGGCAGAGACUGAACGAAAAAAGGCCAUUAUUGAGGCUCAGAAAGUGGCCCAAGUGGCAGAGAUCCAGUUCCAGCAGAAGGUGAUGGAGAAAGAGACGGAAAAGAGGAUCUCUGAAAUAGAGGAUGCUGCUUUCCUGGCAAGGGAGAAGGCUAAGGCUGAUGCAGAGUUUUACACUGCUGCCAAGUUUGCUGAAGCAAACAGGUUGAAGUUAACUCCAGAGUACCUGGAGUUGAUGAAGUACCAGGCCAUAGCAGCAAACAGUAAGAUCUACUUUGGCCAGGACAUCCCUAACAUGUUUGUAGAGGGAACCAACAGCCCACUAAAGUCUCAGAGUCCUGAACAGGAUUUGCUUUAGGUGAAGUUAGAUGUGCAGUGAUUCCACAGCUCUGCCUCUGCACAGGACAACCAGCGGAGGUUUGUCUGUAGGUUGGAGAACUCUGAACUGGAGUGGAUGAGUGGGACAGCUUUGGCGCUAGUUUGUUAAACAGUACACUUCAGUCUUAAAUGGCAAAGAUAUGGUGGAAAUUUGGGUUGAAGGACCUUUUUUUUCUUUACCUUCCACUAUAUGGUAAAGCUUCAAGAAUAAGAACAAUGCCAUAGUUAAAAAUCAAAAAGCGUAAUCGAUGCUAAUGCUUGGGAAAGCGACAGCAAGAAGUUGCCGUAAUUUACACAUGCUUGCAAUUCAUGCAGUGUUUAACUUUUUGCUUUUGUUUGUUGUAUGCAAGAUGAUGAUUUGUUCUAAAUAAGAGUGUGAUUUUUCUAGUUUAGCUGAACUGGAAUUUGACAGGUGACCCUAAUUAAUGGCAGGAAGGUUGAGUGUGUCAUCGGUUGGUCAUAUCUGUGCCAUCUUCUUUUGCACUGAAUUAUUAGUUGGCUGUUCUCUCUCAACACAGAUUGGUGUGAGAGAUGCUUAUUCAACUCAUACUUAAUGAUGCAGUGGACAAACCUAAAAUAUAUUUGACUGGUUAACAUGAUACAUGAGGAUAAUAAAUGUCGAAACUGCAGCAGCGACAUUCACUACUCGGAGCCAACGAAUGUUUUCAUUUGAACACAUUCAUAUAUGAAACAGCUGUGAACGUUGUUUUUAUUGACUGCAUUCUAGUCGCCUCACUUCAUUAGAUUCCCUCCUGGUUUGGCAUAUAGUGAAAUAAUGCUCUACACAUAUUUAAGUCUAUGAAGUGAGAGGGCUGCCAUCAUAUUUAAGUUACUAUACAGUGCUGUCGAAUUGGUAGUAAUGUAGUUUUUCUGUUAGGUGAUAGCUUGCUGUUAAUCGUUGUGGUUUAGACAUCAGCCACAACAGAAUGACUUGACACACGUCCUACUGUGGUUUCUACUGUGAAGCCAGCUGAGAUAAAGGUUCUAGUGCUGCUAACGAUGAUUUAACAAAUUUAAUUUGAUGGUCCUGCAUGUGGAAAUUAUUAGUGGCUUGAUUCAGAUGAUUGAUAGUGCCUGCGAUUGUCUACUGCGUUACACAGCGUGCGCAGAUUUUGUUAAAUGUAUAUUCACAGGAAAUUGACUUUUAAUAAAACAACUGCUCAAUGUUGAACAAAGAAUGCGCUUUAAAAGUCAACGUGCAUAUGUGCUGAAAUUUCUAAAUAUGUUAACUCAAUUUGGAUUGAAUUUAUGAAGCAAGAAAAAAAAAGUCUGACUAAAGAAUGGAAAUUAUUGUCUUCUUUAUAUUUUGUUGCACCAUAAUAAUGUUUAUUGCAUUGAUCCUAUGAUAAAUAAUACUAAAAGCUUUUACUUCUGUCAGUGAUUAUCUUUAAAUCACUGAAGUUAAAAGGAUUUUAUGGCCACACAAGGAAAAAGUCCCAAUGACAGCAGUAACUUAAAGGCUGGGAAUUAGUUUAACCUCCGGCCGGUUUCGUGUGACGGCUCGACUUCCUGUGCUGCAUUAAACAAGCUGUUAAAAGAUGCUGGGGCUUAAACAGGAUGCAAGUUGGUGCUAGUUUUAUUCUGUGUUUAAACCUUUUGGGUUGUUUUUCUUUAGUUCUGUGUUUCAAAAACGAGAAUCUUCCACUAUUCAGAAUUCAAGCCUUAAGUAAUAACUAUUUAGCCCACGCUGAAAGACUGAACAUUUUCUAAUCACCGGAAGGCUCCACGUGAACCUGACUGAGGCUUUUAAUGAUGUACAAACUGUUGUGUACGGCCUCAUCUGAUUCUAGCUGAGGAAGGCACAACUAGCAGUGGACACUAAGGAUGUGGUGAUGUUUACUUGACCUGUAAUAGCAGUGGAGAGCUGCAUUUGCUUUGGUGGCGGGUUCAAAUAAAGAUGCAACAGAGGGGUUGAAAUUACUCAAUGAUCUUUUUUUGUCAAUAUUUUGUACAAUCUGUGAAAUGUAAACAUUGUCUCCUUGUUUUAAAAGGUUUAUAUGCAAAAAUGUUUUGACAACGUUCUUAUGUAAAAUAAAGCCUAUUUUGGUA